UUUGAAUUAGAUUAAAUUGAAUGGUUUAAUCUGGCAGCCGAUGUUUUUGCACACCCCCAAAUAUCUAUCCCAAUUUAAUUGCAAAAGAACCCCUGUAUGCUUCGGCAUUAAGUUUUUUUCAGAAAGAAUAUGGUCGGACUUAAAAGAGUUCGGAAUCACUCUGCCAUAUAUAUAUAUAAUUAUAUAUUCAUAUAGAAAAUAUCAUUCUUUGUUUUUUUGGUUUUUGUUUCCUGAGAAAGAAAAUCAGAGAAAAAUGGAGAUUACAAAGUUGCCUGAGGAGUGCAUUUCACGAAUAAUUUCGUUUACAUCUCCAAGGGAUGCUUGCAGGUCGGCUCUAGUUUGUGCUCUGUCUAGAUCAGCCAUGGAUUCAGAUUUGGUUUGGAGAAAGUUUCUUCCUCAUGACUAUCACCAAAUCCUUUCAAAUUCUUUACAACCAUCAUUAAUGGAUUCCCUUUCCAUGAAGCAACUCUUUGUCCAACUUUCUCAUCAUCCAGUCCUUGUAAACGAUGGUAAUAUGAGCUUGCAAUUGAUAAGAAUAGUGGAAAGAAAUGUUAUUUGAUGGGCGCAAGAAGGCUCGCAAUUAUAUGGGGAAGUUCACCCCAAUAUUGGCAGUGGAUAUCUCUACGUUCGUCUAGGUUCUCUGAAGUGCCUGAACUAAAACUUGUAUGGUGGUUUGAGAUCAAAGGAAGGAUUGAAACAAACAUUUUGUCCCUGCAAGCAACUUAUGCAGUUUACUUUGUGUACAAACUCAGUUGGCACCGAUACCAGUUUCAUGAAAAACCUGUUACGGUUCAAGUCAAUUUUGAAGGAGAUGAUGAAAUCCAUGGCGAAGGAUAUGGGAGUAGAGAAGUGCUGUUAGGCCCUCCAGAGAAUGGGAAUAUGCAGCUACCAUGUGGAGUAUAUAGAGGAGAUGGUUGGAUGGAGGUUGAAUUGGGGGAGUUCUUCAAUGAUGGUGGGGAAGGUCAUGGGGUUGUGGCGUUCAGUCUAAUGGAGACUGAUAAUUAUACAUGUAAGUUUGGCGUCAUUGUUGAAGGAAUUGAGCUUAGGCCUAAAGCUGGUUGAUAGAAAAUAAGUAUGUUAGUAGCCUAGUCAAUGCUCUCUUUUUCUUUUAUUGGACUUGGAUGCUGUUUUUGGAAUUGAGCUUGGGCGUAAGCUGGUUGAUUGAAAAUAAAUCAGUAUGUUAGUAGCUUAGUCAAUGCUCUCUUUUUCUUUUAUUGGACUUGGAUUCUCAGUUUGGAAUUGAGCUUGGGCCUAAAGCUGGCUGAUAGCAAAUAUGUAUGUUAGUUGCUUAGUCAAUGCUCUCUUUGUCUGUUAUUGGACUUGGA